AUGCUAGAGGAACACUUGAAGGUUCGACUGUCUUUUGAUUGGAUACUUCCGACUAAGCCAGCUCGACGCAAGAUUGUCAUGGUAGGUGCGCGUCCGGCGUCCGAUAUCGCCAAAGGAUCAUUUGGCCACCAGUGGGCAUACGAGGCCAUCAAAGCACUUGAUAUACGUCUAGUUAUCCUUGAUCAACUGGGACACUGGCUCCAAAAUCAGGCGUAUUCUUACACUCGGGAUGACUUCAUUGCCAUUGAUGUGACCGACGACGCGGGGCUACCUGGAAGGAUUGAUGAGGCAUUGGAAGAAAGAUGA